AUCAAUUUCAUUUGCUUCAUCUGAGGGAAGAUUCUUCAGAUCAUGAAAUUUUGUCUCUAGGAAGCAGUCAUAAACAAGGUUCCAAAGAUGCUGCUUUACUCUGCUCUUUUUUUGUGCACUCUUAUCACCUUUAAUGGAGGUGUUGUCUCAUCACCUUUAACACAGCAGGAACUUUUCUCAAAAAUAGGCAACUAUCACAUGCUGGCGAAUAAGGAUGCUUCUACCUUGAAAAAUGCCCAGAAACCUGAAAUUUAUGAAGAAUAUCUGGCAAGAGACUGCAGGGCUGCUUUUCUCCGUGGUAGGAAAGAAAAUGGCCUGUAUGUCAUCCGUCCCAAAUACUCUCCGUUACUGGCAGUCUACUGUGACAUGGAGUAUGAUGGAGGAGGCUGGACGGUGCUGCACAAGAAUGAAGUCAACCAAAAAGCACCUUGGUCAAACACGUGGGAUGCUUAUAAGAGGGGCUUUGGGGACCUAUUGGGAAACCACUGGCUUGGCAAUGAAUUUAUACACCUCUUAACCAAUCAGAAUGCCUUCACUGUGCGGUUCCUCAUAGUUGACAGUAAUGGGAAAACCAAGAAUGCUGACUACCAUAGCUUUAAGGUGGAUAGUGAAGAUAAUGGAUAUGCACUGAGGCUAGGGAACUAUUCAGGGAAUGCAGGGGAUGCAUUGACCACAGUGGGAGAAUCAGGUGUCCAUGACAACAUGAGGUUUUCCUCCCAAGACCGGGAUAAUGAUCGGAGGAGUGAUACAAACUGUGCAUUAGACAAUGCUGGUGGCUGGUGGUAUGAUAACUGUUACUCAGCCCUUCUAACCAGUGACAACCACAUACGUUGGAAGGGAUUGUGCACAGAGGUUAGCAGCUGUAAAUUAGCAGCCAUCCUAAUUAGACCAAAUGGACAAAAUUGCAACCUAAGUUCGAGAUACUGAUACCUCUGAGACACAAUGGUUGCUUACUACUUUAAGGUCUUUCUUUCACUUUAGAUAAGCCCAAAGAAUCAACCACUAAUAUGUUGUUUGUAUAGUGUGAGGAUUUAGAAUACAGAACCCUGAGAAUUCCUCUUGCACAAAUCCCAGUGAGAUAAAAGUUUGAGCAGCCUAAAGUGCAGAUCUCAUUCUUUUCAAUUUGGCUUAUUCAGGAGAAGUUCACAGAGGAGUCUGAUUUUAUUUUCUUACCUGUUUCAAAACAGCUGUAAAGAAUUUCAGCCCAGAUCGAGAGCUGGUGUAUGCCAGUGUUAACCUUAAGAGGAAUAAAAUAGUUCACCUGUCUCCAUGUGAGAAUGCAGUAGCAUGUUUAACACAGAAGGUGGUUGAAAUGUAGGACUGACAUAAUCUCUCUAUUUUUAAUGUAAGAACAUAUACUUUACCUGUGAUUUCCAAACACCUGUAAUUAAAAAGAUA